CGAAAGUUCUCCACUUCACUGCAGUGAUUAUAUAAGCUAACAUGCUAGCUAGCUUUGUUUAUACAAACAUGACAGUGACAGCCAUGGAUUUAGAUAAUUAAAGAAAGAUUACGGCUGUAAAUCCCAUGGGUAAUGGAGAAGUACUUUCAAAAACUUCAUUGGAUAUUGACAGUAAUUUACAAUAGAUGCCUUAAAAUGGAGAAGCCCCAGUGAUGAUGGAGGACCAGAAGAGCCCAGUGAAGGAGGAGAGCUCCAGAGAACGAGGCCUGCUCCACUUAUGGAGAGGCUACAGCAGUAGUGUUACCCCCGAACGGGUGCUUCUGUCCCGGCCCGUCCUCCAGGCUGCCCUCGGCAUCAGCCAUGGUAUCCUCCUGGCCGAAGGUGGGCUGGUGUACAGCUUCGGGGACCUGACGUGGCGGCAGGGCCUGAGGGUUCCUCCUACUGACCCUCUCCUUGAGUCUGUCCUCUCUGGUCAAUGUGUUGUGUCUGUAGUUGCAGGCUCCUUCCACUGUGGCGCCGUCACACGGGAAGGGGCUGUGUACAUGUGGGGAGAGAACUCCUCGGGGCAGUGUGGUCUGUCAGAGAGAGGCCUGGUCCCAGAUCCUAGCCUCAUCAGUGUGGUGGACUCUGAGGCUGUCACUCCACAGAUCAUCAGAAUCCUGGAGGUAACUUGUGGGGAGCAGCACACUCUGGCUCUGUCUGCCCAGCAUGAGGUGUGGGCCUGGGGCAGUGGCUGCCAGCUGGGUCUGGUCACCAGUGUGUUCCCUGUGUGGAGACCCCAGAAAGUGGAGCACCUGGCUGGGAGGCACGUCGUUCAGGUGGCGUGUGGAGGAUACCACAGCCUGGCCCUGGUACGACGCUUCCCUGCACAAGACUCUCAGUUUCCCCGGCCGACAGCUACUGAAAAGUGUGCCCAGUGCAACCAGCUGCUCUUCUCUAUGGUGGAUAAAGAGGACCAUGUCAUCAUCAGCGACAGCCACUAUUGCCCCCUAGGGAUUGAGUUGGCUGACAGCAAACCAGGGAGAUGUUCGAGAUCCAGACAGGCCUCCCAAUGUAGACAGGCCUCUCUAGCCCAGAGACACAGAGCCUCAGCCUGCCUGCUCUCUCAGACAGUCAGCCUUGAUCUGGGCCUUGACCCAGACCCCAUUAUAGGCCCAGAAUACCAAUUUCCUGGUGACACUGACAGUUCUCUCAGAGAGUCUGGCUCCAUAGAACAAACUAACCAAGAGGAUACUGGUACCUCUGACCUUCAAAGACAAGGCCCUGGGACUCUGACAGAGACAGACAGUAACUCGGCUGGAACACAGGCGAGGAGGAAAACCACAUCUUCAAUCGACGAGGAGGAACUGAAGGAAUACCUCAAGAGAACGUCUGAUCACAUCCUGUCUGAACAGAAUGACAAUAACAACACAGGGAAUCCGAUCACCUUAGCCAAUCAGACAACAGGGGAUUCACUCACCUUAGCCAAUCAGACAACAGGGGAUUCACUCACCUUAGCCAAUCAGACAACAGGGGAUUCACUCUCCUUAGCCAAUGAAACAGCAGAGGAUUCACUCACCUUAGCCAAUGAAACAGCAGAUGAUUCACUCACCUUAGCCAAUGAAACAGCAGAUGAUUCACUCACCUUAGCCAAUGAAACAGCAGAGGAUUUACUCACCUUAGCCAGUCAUAGCUCAGGAGAUCCACUCGCCCUGGUAAGUCAUGUCCCAGGACAGUGCCUAAACGGUGACCUACCUGAUCAAGACCAACCUUCUACCUUAACACCAUAUCUUCUACCACAACCUCACGAUGACACCACCAUGGCAUCCAGCCUAUCAUGUUCACUACUAGAGAACUACACGGGUGCCUUAGUUAUGGAACAUACCUUAGCUUUAACGGGCCGUGCUGCCUCAGCCUCACCCUUCAACACCCCUUUAGGCAUCGGCUCCACCAGCAGCCUCUGUGACUCAUCUCAGAGUGAAGGGUGUAUCCCAGUCGCAGGGCUGUGCGAGGCUCUGUCUGGGCCUGUCAUGGCAUACAGGAAGACCAACCAGGAAGUGCGUCUCUGUAUGGAGGAGGACUCCUUGCAAGGGAAGAAAUGCUCCAGUCUGACUGAUAUCCUGCUGGAGGAGGUCAUCGAGGGGAGUAGACGGCACUCACUGCCUCCUCUCCUCUCUCGUGCCUCCCCUGAGUUCCCCGGCAGGAGGAGCUCCCGCUCUAGGCCCAAUGUGCCCAGGAAGGAGGAGGUAGUGGAGUCUCUGCCCUCCCUGAACACAGAGGUGUGGAGCUGGGGCCGGGGGCAGGAGGGACAGCUGGGCCACGGAGACCAGCUACCCAGACUCCAGCCGCUGUGUAUCAAGAGCCUGAAUGGAGAGGAGGUAGUGAAGGUAGCGGCAGGAACACACCACUCUCUGGCCCUUACUGCACAUUGUCAGGUGUUUUCGUGGGGCAGCAACAGAUCCGGCCAGUUGGGACACAUGAACAGCCCCAAUACCAUGCCUCAACAGGCCAAGAUGUCAAAGGGUCUGCGUGUGUGGGACCUGGCAGCUGGGCAGAGCCACAGUGUUUUCCUGGCUGAUGGUGACUGCUGCCAGCCCAUCCUCUGCUACAGCGGUCAACAGGUGAUGGAGACCACACCUGAGAACCACAUACCUGGGACAGGGUCAACUGAGAGCUCUCCCUCCAGAACUGACACGUACACCCUCAGACCUGUCCUCCUGCCCUUCUGUAUGAAUAUGGGCUACAUCAGCAGUGUGUAUGGCGGAGGACAGUCCUGUCUAGCCCAGGCUGACCACAAUGUGAUGGGGUUCAUCUCUGCUCUCCACGAGCUGGCUGCAGCAGACAGGAAAUAUUACUGCAGGCUCAGAGACGUCAACAAGCGGGUGGUCAGCCCUCUACUGAGGAAAGAGUCUGUGUGCACAGUGUUGGGCCAGACGUCCAGCCUGCUGUUCCAGUCCCUGGCUAGUAGCUACAGCAGGCUCUGCCACCUGACAGGACAACACUCCGUCUCCCUUACAGCCUUCCUCCAUACUGACCGGGACGUCAAGGGACUGGUCAUCCUGAAACACGCUAACACCUUCCUGGACAUGUAUAAAGAGUACUGUGGCUCAGUGGGUAAUUUCCUGGUUAUGGGGGGAUUCCAAGCCCUCAUGAAGCCAUCUGUGGAGUGUUUUGGUAAGAAGUUUGAGGUUUUGCGUCAGCUGUCAGAGUCCAGUGAAGACAAGGUUCCUCUGUUGGACCUGUUGGUGUUGCUGUUCUACUCCCCUAUACAACACAUCCACGAGUACGCCAGGCUGCUGCUCAAACUGGCCACCUGUUUCGAUGUGAGUACAGUGGAAUACCAGAGGCUGCAGGAGGGCUGCUCCAAGUAUGAGGCACUGUCUCUCAGCCUGGGGAGGAAGAGGAAGGAGGCAGAGACAACGAACCAAUUCUGGAGGACAUAUUCUGGGAAAACUACUGAUGUCCUCCGUAAGCCCCAGCGCAGGCUGGUGUAUGAGAGUAGCAACAAGAGCCUGACCCUCCAGAACGCCGGGAGGUUCUCUGUUAACUGGCUCAUCCUGUUCAACGACGCUCUGAUUCAUGCACAGUUCUCAUCUCAUCAUGUCUACUCCCUGUCCACUCUCUGGGUGGAACCCAUCACUGCCAGCAGCAACCUGUAUGGAAUUAAGGUGACAACUCCAGAGGAGAGUUUCACUCUGAUAGCAUCCUCAGCUCAGGAGAAGGCUAAGUGGCUGAGGGCUAUUAACCAGGCCGUGGAGGCGGUGUUGACCGGAGAGGGGAGCGGUCCUGGGGUCCCCGCUGUCUCUCGUACCGCCUCCUACAUCUUCUACAAAGACCUACGUCUGAAGGAUGCCUCCUACUCAGGCCGCUGGCAGUCUGGCAAACCCCACGGCAAAGGGAUCAUGAAAUGGCCAGAUGGCAGAAAGUUCACGGGGACCUUUAAACAAGGACUGGAGGACGGCUAUGGAGACUGUAUAAUGCCAAACAAGAUCCUCAACAAGAGUGAUCGUUACCAGGGCCACUGGAGAGAUGGGAAGAUGCAUGGCUUUGGGACGUACAGGUAUGCUACAGGUCAGGUGUAUGAGGGAUCCUUCCAUGAGAACAUCCGUCAGGGCCAUGGGAUGCUGAGUUCUGGGAAGCUGAUUGGCUCUUCUUCCAGUGUGUUCGUUGGCCAGUGGCUUCAAGACAAGAAGAUGGGAUAUGGAGUGUUUGAUGACAUCACUAGAGGAGAGAAGUACUUGGGCCUGUGGAUUGAUGACCAGCGACAGGGCAGUGGUGUGGUCGUCACUCAGUUUGGUCUUUACUAUGAAGGGACCUUCAGCAACAACAAGAUGAUGGGUACUGGUCUGCUGGUAUCUGAUGAUGACACAGCCUUUGAGGGAGAGUUCUCAGAAGACUGGACCCCUAAUGGCAAGGGUUACCUGUCCAUGUCCAAUGGAGACUCCAUAGAGGGUCUGUUUAGUGGAGAGUGGACCUCGGGGCUGAAGAUCACAGGAACCUACAUGAAGCCGAACCUCUAUGAACCUGACAAGAAGCAAUCAACCAGGGUGCUUGAGUUGGGCCGUCUAGCCGUAUCCCCAGAGCAGAAGUGGAAGGCCGUGUUCUCAGAGUUUUGGAGCAGGCUGGGCUGUGAGGCCCCGGGACAGCCUGAGGAGAGAAUGAGGGCCUGGGAAAACAUCGCUGUUACAAUCACCGCAGGACGCAGAGACAGUCCAGAGCUGCUGAGCAGGUCUCAGAGUCAAGUCCUGGAGAUGCUGGAGGUGAUUCCUCAACACACAGGUCCAGUUACUGCUGGGGGGUAUGAGGUCAUCCGACGAUACCUCACCAAGGCCUGCGAAACCCCCCUCCACCCUUUGGGGGGGUUACUGGAGACCCUAGUGACUGUGUACAGGAUUACCUAUAUAGGGGUAGGAUCUAACAGAAGGUUGCUACAACAGGCUGUGGAAGAGAUCAGGUCCUACCUCAGACGGAUCUUCCAGCUGGUCAGGUUUCUGUUCCCUAACCUCCCUGACGAGGGAGGUGUUAUUCACGCUGACCACAAAGGAUCUUCAGAAACAGACCAGCAUGGCUUGGUGGUGAGUAGCUCCACUCUCCUACUACCAGUCCUGCUGCCCAGGCUGUACCCUCCUCUGUUCACCCUGUAUGCCCUGGACAAGGAGAGAGAGGAGGAGGUGUACUGGGACUGUGUCCUGAGGCUCAACAAACAGCCUGACCUGGGCCUGCUGGCCUUCCUGGGGGUCCUACAGAAGUUCUGGCCGGUCUCCGUCUCCGUGUUGGGAGAGAAGCAGCAGGUCCUUCCCAGCACCAAAAAUGCUUGCUUUGCUUCUGCAGUGGAGACUUUACAACAGAUCAGCACCGCCUUCACCCCGUCAGACAAGCUGCAGGUGAUCCAGCAUACCUUUGAGGAGCUGACCCAGGAAGUACAAGCCCUGCUCGAGGGGAACUUCCUGUUGUCCAUGGAUGACCUCUUACCUCUGUUUCUCUACGUGGUGCUUAGAGCACGGUAAGGAGGCAUUACUACUGAGGACAGGAGGCAUUACUACCAUUACUACUGAGGGCAGGAGGCAUUACUACCAUUACUACUGAGGGCAGGAGGCAUUACUACCAUUACUACUGAGGGCAGGAGGCAUUACUACCAUUACUACUGAGGGCAGGAGGCAUUACUACCAUUACUACUGAGGGCAGGAGGCAUUACUACCAUUACUACUGAGGGCAGGAGGCAUUACUACCAUUACUACUGAGGACAGGAGGCAUUACUACCAUUACUACUGAGGGCAGGAG